AUGUUAUUCAUUAUUUUAUUGUUUAUUAUUUUGUUUUGCGUAAUUAUUUAUACACUCCACGAUCGUCUUACUUUCCGACGAGGUCGUUUAUCCCGUCCAUAUGAUGGAGCCUCUACUAGUUCGAUAACUAAUAUGGGUCCUGAUCAAUUUGUUGAGCUUUCAUUCGGUACUGUUCAUUACAUAUAUCAUUCGGGAUCAUCGUCAUUGCCACUGAAUAUAUUCGUUCAUGGUUAUUCAACUCCGAUGGAAAUGUGGCAACACAUAUUUCCACAAUUCGUUAAGGAUGAUCAACCGUGUUUAAUUUAUGAUUUAUAUGGUCGUGGUUGGUCCGAUUCUCCUGAUGUACCGAUGAAUAUUGAUAUAUACGUUAGUCAAUUAGCUGAACUUUUAUAUGCAUUAAAUCUUCCAUAUGAAAAAUAUAAUCUAUUUGGAGUUAGCAUGGGCGGAGCUAUUGUUCAACGUUUCACCGAACUUCAUCCAUACAAAGUAUCAAAGUUAAUUCUUUGCUGUGCAGCUGGUCUUAAUCUCAAUAAACCAUCCAAAAGUCGUAUGUUUAUUGUAUCCCUGCCUAUUAUUGGUCCAAUGCUUUUUAAACAUAUAAUAAAAUAUACUGAUGAUGAAAAAGAACGUUCACAUUGGGCUUUUCCCGAUCAUGAAACCUAUGAACAAUAUAAAAAAUUAUUUAAACUAGGCUGGGAACAACAUCCCGGCUAUUUACGAGCUUUAUUUUCAACACUGAGAAAUUUUGAUUUUGAAUCUUCAUUAACAUCAAUUGAAUUUAUUGCAAAAUUAAAUAUACCAGUAUUAAUUAUUUGGGGAGAUAAAGAUUCGUUAAUUCCGGUGAAUAAUGCUUAUCAUUAUCAUCGAUUAUAUAAAAAUUCAACAUUGACUAUUAUUCCCGGUGCAACUCAUAUGUUACUUCUUGAACAUGCAGCACAAAUCAUUGAUGCCGUGCAAGCUUUUUUCAAAGACUCGAACGUUAUUAAUAUGUGA